CUUCCCACGUGACUUUGCGGAAGUAAGAGUAUCAACAUGAGCAUAUCCCGACUGGAGGGAACUUGCCAGAAUGGUACGCAAUUCUCUCUUGCUUUUAGUGGUAGUGCUCGUCAAUGUAGAACUUUGUCUUCAGAGUUCAUGCGGAGGAGAGCAAGAGGCCUCCUCCACGGAGGGAGCAGCGGGCUGCGGCUGCGAUAAGCUGAGGAGAACCGCCUCUGGCUCCGUGGACUCGAAAGAGGAGCGAGCAUCGAGUGUAAAAUACACAGCAGCUGCUAAUGAGAAAAUCUCUCAGAUGGUGUUCAUACCUGGAGGAGAGUUUCUCAUGGGAACGGAUGACCCAGGUAUCCCCCAGGAUGGCGAGGCGCCACAGAGACCGGUGUACGUUGACUCUUUCUACAUGGACGUACUGGAAGUAACUACCCAACAGUUCCAGAGCUUCAUCAAAGCCACAGGUUAUGUUACUGAGGCAGAGAAAUUUGGAGACUCGUUUGUGUUUGAGGGAAUCUUGAGUGAAUCUGUCAAAAGCCAAAUCACACAAGCAGUGGCUGCUGCCCCCUGGUGGCUCCCAGUCAAAGGGGCCAACUGGAAUCAUCCUGAGGGCCAAGACUCGAACAUCACAGACAGACUGGAUCAUCCAGUCGUACACGUCUCUUGGGCUGACGCCGUCGCCUUCUGCUCUUGGGCCAACAAGAGACUCCCUACUGAGGCUGAGUGGGAGUACGCCUGCAGGGGGGGCUUGCGAGACAGACUUUACCCAUGGGGGAAUAAACUGAACCCAAAGGGACAACAUUACGCCAACUUGUGGCAAGGGGAUUUUCCCGUGCACAACUCCGGAGAGGACGGAUACGUCAAAACGUCUCCUGUUAUGUCUUUUCCUGCCAACUCGUUCGGUCUACAUGAUAUGGUGGGGAAUGUUUGGGAGUGGACCUCAGACUGGUGGACCGUUCACCACACCACAGACCACCAACACAAUCCGACCGGUCCCCCUUCAGGCAAAGACAAGGUGAAAAAAGGAGGGUCAUACAUGUGCCACAAGUCUUACUGCUACAGAUACCGAUGUGCGGCUCGGAGCCAGAACACCCCUGACAGCUCAGCCUCCAACCUGGGGUUCCGCUGUGUUUCUCAGGAGAAACAAUAACCUGAGCUGCUUGUUUAAUGAAGACUUCCCUGUUGUCUGUAACCCAAGUGUUUACUAGGAUUUGAACUGGAUGGUACAAUUUUUUUUUUUUUUUUUUUUUGCUUCCAUAUUAUUCUGACUUUAGAGUCAAAAAAGAAAAUGUAGGAAAUGUCCGGUUAUUGUAAAUAUCCUAUUUCACACUAUGAGAGUGUUUUUCACUUUUUAUAAUAAAAUAUAAAAAGAUGAGAUUUGUAGUCUUUGUUAUAUCAGCUUCUUUUUAUUAUUAUAGCUGCGUCGUUUUUUAAGUUUAGGACCAUUUACAACAAAGACUACAACUUUGGUUUUGUUAUGCUGCAAUAUGCUGUAAAAUUAGUACAAGAACUUAUUUUUUUGUCUCUUUCUAAGGUUUGCAAAGAGGUCAUAAUAAAAAUUCUCAUCAGAAAAA